AUGUCGGCCCAAAUAGUUCCAACCGUUCCCCCUCGUCCUGUUCGAGUCCAACAAGCACUGGCUCAUGGCGCAAAUAAGCUGCCCGACGUUCCUCGUCCUAUCAAUAAGCGUCUCGAUCGUUCUGUUUCGCCCGGAAACUAUCCUCGCUCUCCUUUGAAUGAACCGUGGCCCAGCAAUCUCGCCCGUCAGAAAACCACUGAACAACAGUCCGCAGAGGCACUUCCACGCCGGCCCAGUGUCCAAAAUCUCCCGUCCGUCGGACAAGAAGGAAUGGAAUAUGCCGAGAUUCUGGACAUGCAGACGAACCAGCAGCCUCCAGUUUCAGCUCUGGCUGCUGAUGCUGCUGCGCAGACAAGAAAUAUUGGACAAGAUCUGACGCUGCAUGCUCCGAAACCCUCUCUCCCCAAGUCCAGUGCCACCGCCCAAGUCCAGGCCGUCACCCGAACCGACUCGCAACAAGCGGCCGCUCACGGUAUCGGGGAACCGUCCACCCCGUCCCAGGAUGAAGGUGAUGCCCUUCCGCAUGUGAGGGCCAGAACUAGUUUCUCCAGACCGUCAUCCGCAGUCGCAGGUGAACGUCGUUCCUCCAUCUACGGUGACGAGUCGGGCCCAGCGGAACUCGGUCUCCGAGUCCCAAUCAAUCCAUUACUAGGAGACGUUCAGGCCCCUUCUCCGGCGCCGGGCCUAAGCCCUUCCCAUACCGGAAGCAAUGGAGAACAAAAGAGACGUCCCAAUCAUUCGCGAACGAAAAGUGGUCGAGAAAAUUUUGCUCCGCCGGGUAGCUACGGUCUUCACGGUCACGGCAUCCCCCCGCAGGACAAAUUUGAGAAAGAUUGGUACGCUAAACACCCCGAGGCCGCUCAGCAUGAGGAAACCCACGGCCAUGGAGUGUACGAAAGCAUCGGAAGUGGUCGAGGCGCCUUCGCAUUGAGCAGUGACGAUUUGAACAAGAUCGUUCGUGACACUGCAAGUCGUGGAGCAGGCCUGGGCACUUCUAGGGCUACCGACUCCUAUCCAGAUGAACAGAUCGGAUAUCAAGCCUCCGAUCUCUACGUGUCAAGAUCCCAAAUAAAUACUCCGAACAGCCUGGCCAAGACCAUCACCAACACGUCUCAACCAGCCGCUGAGUCGCCCUUGAGGAAGACCAGUUUUCUUGCGGACGAGCCCAUCCCCGCCGAAGUUCGCCGAGGCCGGUUGUCGGUGUCGGGCCGAUCCGAUGAUCAUCCCCUCGAGAGUGAAGCCGAGCAGGAAGUCCAUAUUCAACCUCAACGCCGUUAUAAUAAGGUUACCGGCGGCGAAGAAACCCUGAAUGAAACGGAAGACGUGAGAGCGUCGGGUGAGAACGACUACAUCAAUGAGCACGGCUACAGCGUUCCUAUUCUAGCCGCGGACGAAGUCGCAAAGGAAGAGGGCAUCGAGCAUCUCCAGCCAGCAGUGUCUCCCAAUGCAGAACGUCGUGGCAGUUCGUACGAUCUGGAGCACCGAAGUGGCGAUGCAACUCCGUCUUCACGACCGUCAAGCAGACCGUCCAGCGUAUACGGUCUGCACAACUCCUCUCAUUCACUGACUCGGUUCACUUCGCAUCACGAUGAUCGGGAGAACAUGCAUACUCCACUGGAAGAUGUGGAGGAGUAUGAACCCCUUUUUCCCGAGGACGAUGACGAGAAAAGGCCCGUGAGUAAUGCAGAACGAUUCAAGCAGAUACCGCAUGCCCUGAAACAACGAUUCCCUAGUCAGGAUAUCUGGGAGGAUACCCCCAGCAGCGCUCUCUAUUCUGCGACCGUAUCGACUCCAGAUCUUCCCAAUCAGACAGAGAAGCCUGCUUCCAAAACCUUCGAGCCUCCUAAGACGGAAGCGGCUCGAAAGGACGAAUCCGCCGAGGACGAACAAAAGAAGCUCCUCCCAUCCGAAGAAAGACUCGCCCAAUUCCGAUUUGCCCCACUCCUCCGUGACGAUAUGCCGACAAGGCCUGGAAUGGUACCAAGGUUCCCAUCCUCGGAUAUUUGGGAGGAUAGUCCCGAAAGUCACCAGCUUGUCACCACGGUCAGCACUCCGCCAGUCGAAAACGAGGGAGAGGGUCCGGCCGAGGUACCAAUCAAACCAUUCAUUCCGUCUCGUCCUGCAGGCAAGAGCAGAUCAGGCGAAGGCGCUUCCUCCGCUCAAGUUGCCCCAAGUAUUCCUGCUCGACCCCCGAAAACGAUUCAGAGUGCGCCACCUACAAGCUCCGCGUCAACAGACACCGCGGCGCCGAAGGGAGCAUCAACAUCUCCCGAGCCGAAAAACGUUCCAAGCAUACCUGAUCGACCGAAGCCGCAGAUUCCAGCUCGACCAGCCAAGAAAGCACUUGGAGAAGGUUUAACCAAGACAGUUUCUGGUGAAUCGACCGGGCCGACUGGGCAAGAGAAGGCCUCACCGCCGAUUGCUAAGGUUAAACCUCAAAUUCCAGCGAGACCGGGCCAAAGCAGUAAAAUUGCCAAUCUGAGAGGAAAUUUCAUGAAUGAUCUGAACCAGAAACUUGGUCUAGGACCCCCCAAGGAGAAAGAGCCUGAACCUGUGGCAGAAGAGACCAAACCCUUAGAAGACGCACGAAAGGGCAGGGCCCGUGGCCCACAGAGGAGAGCUCCAGCCAAAUCUCCAGCAGCUGUAGUGAAGCCUCAGUUUGCAUUUUCCAUGUUUACGCCCAGGUCAUUAUGGACAAUUGACGAUGCUGAUGAGUUGAAUGUUACUUCAGACGAAGCACCAGCACCCAAGACGACGUCAACGGAACAGGCCCCGAGUUCCGCUCCUCCCGAUGCGUCCCUCCUCACCGCAAUCGACACAACAGACCAUGACAAAUCCAAGGGAGAAGCCGAGGUGGAGAAAGGUACCGAGAGUGAGCCAGAAGCAGCUGCUACCAGGAUCCCUUCAAACACCUCAAGUGAGUUCGUGGAUCCGACUCUCGGAACACCUAGCCAGGAGAAAUCCAAUCCGCUCAGUCCCAAAACGUCCAAUGAAAAGGUUAUGGGACUUUCCAAACACUCGACUGCCAGUCCAGAUCAGACUUCCGGACCAGAACUUGAGAGGGAGAGUCCCGAUCCCAAUAUCGCUGCCAUCCCCGCGAGCAAGCAGACGACGGCCAGUACGGAGGCAGAUACGGCGCCAUUAGAGAAGAGCCCCACACAGGAGUCUCGUUCUGUCACUCUGACGGAAGGAGAGCCAGACAAGGUGAGUACAGAGGACGCGUAA